UCCUCCUUUCCGGGUUGGUUUGUGUGUCUUCCUUCCGGCUUGCCCGAAGAAAGUUGAGGGAGAGGUUCAGCGGCAACUGGGGUUUUUACAUACAAUGGACAGCCAGGGAAGGAAAGUGGUGGUCUGUGACAAUGGCACCGGGUUUGUCAAGUGCGGCUUUGGAGGCUCCAACUUCCCCGAGCACAUCUUCCCUGCGCUCGUUGGGAGGCCCAUCAUUCGCUCGACAGCCAAAGUCGGAAACAUUGAGAUCAAGGACCUGAUGGUGGGCGACGAGGCCAGCGAGCUGCGCUCCAUGCUGGAGGUCAACUACCCGAUGGAGAACGGAAUCGUCAGGAACUGGGACGACAUGAAGCACCUGUGGGACUACACCUUCGGCCCGGAGAAGCUCAACAUCGACUCUCGCAACUGCAAGAUCCUCCUGACCGAGCCGCCCAUGAACCCCACCAAGAACCGGGAGAAAAUCAUUGAGGUGAUGUUUGAGACCUACCAGUUCUCAGGAGUCUACAUUGCGAUUCAAGCUGUGCUGACUCUGUACGCUCAAGGCCUUCUGACCGGUGUGGUGGUGGACUCGGGGGACGGUGUGACUCACAUCUGUCCGGUGUACGAGGGCUUCAGUCUGCCUCAUCUGACCAGACGUCUGGACAUUGCCGGCAGAGACAUCACCCGCUACCUCAUCAAGUUGCUGCUGUUGAGGGGCUACGCCUUCAACCACUCCGCAGACUUUGAGACGGUGCGCAUGAUGAAGGAGAAGCUGUGCUACGUGGGCUACAACAUCGAGCAGGAGCAGAAGCUGGCGCUGGAGACCACCGUGCUGGUGGAGUCCUACACGCUGCCAGAUGGCCGUUUGAUUAAGGUAGGAGGAGAGCGGUUCGAGGCCCCCGAGGCUCUGUUCCAGCCACACCUCAUCAACGUGGAGGGCGUCGGAGUGGCCGAGCUCCUCUUCAACACCAUCCAGGCCGCCGAUAUAGACACCAGGUCUGAGUUCUACAAACACAUCGUUCUAUCGGGAGGAUCCACCAUGUACCCGGGCCUGCCGUCCCGGCUGGAGAGGGAACUCAAGCAGCUGUACCUGGAGCGCGUGCUCAAGGGAGACGUGGACAAGCUUUCGAAAUUCAAGAUCCGCAUCGAGGACCCUCCCAGGCGAAAGCACAUGGUGUUCCUGGGCGGAGCCGUGCUGGCCGACAUCAUGAAGGACAAGGACAACUUCUGGCUGACCCGGGAGGAGUACCAGGAGAAAGGAGUCCGCGUGCUGGAGAAACUCGGAGUCACCGUCAGAUAAAGCAACCGGGACGGACUGACCACACACACACACACACACACACACACACACACACACACACACACACACACACACAUCCCCCCCACAUCGCAGAGUUUAUAUCUAUUUAUCCCUCUUCUUCUUCUUCUCUUUCGGCUCUUGAUGUUCCUCAAACAUCAGAGGGAAUCGAGCCGGCCCCUCCUCUUUGUUUUCUUUUUUUUUUUUUUUUUACUCGUACAGAAGGUUAAAAACCGUGACGGGGAAUCCACUUUCUUUACCUCCAGAGUUUGUUUGUUUGUGAGUUUUAUUUUGGCGGGUAAACCCAGCAGCCACUGCGCUAACUGUUUUCAGAACGUCUCCUCGGUUGUUUCAAACCAUCCAGAGGAGACGAAGUGAUGCAAAGUUUCUGUAAUAUCACAAUCAGGCUCCACGGGCCGCUUCCACAUCUGUUCCAGGUGAGCCACAACCGAUCACAUUUAUGUCUUUUUAUUUUUUAAUAAAUGAUAUCAUGACUUUUCUUUCUGUUCUGGGAGAGGGAUUACUGUUUUGUUCUGCUUUUCAAUUUUAUGAGUUGUGUUGCGGUGCACUACUACCAUUGUGAAUGGAGUGUGUUGUGGUGACACAAGUUCCUCCAUGUUGUUGUUGUUGUUUUAAUGAAGAAUUGGUUGAUCUACAAAUACACAAAGCAAAGCCUCAGAGCUUUGACAUCCAGUGUGUGACGGUACUUUUUUUGUGGGGGGGUAGGAACUACUUGUUCCUCAUCGGUCGGCCUUCGUCUCUAGUAUCGCAAACUGACGGAGGCCGACGAAGAGAUCGAUUUGAAAAAAUAAGAACGGUUGAAAUACUGUCGAACAUAUUUAAGUCCUCCAGUCCGUCUGUCCCGAUUACUGGAGGCACUUCUAUUUUGAGUAUUAAAAAAAUAAUGUGUAUAUUUUUCUUUUCCUCUUUCCAUGAGCGUCUAUCCAGUGCCGUGACCUGUUCACGUGACCUGUUCACGUGACCUGUUCACGUGACCUGUUCACUGUUUUUAUUUCCCUGUUUGUUCAUAGCAUAACUGCCUAACGCUGAUUUAAAUAAAGAAGUGAUUUAUAAA